UCCGAACACGUUUUAUCGUGAGUUUUACAAUCGAAUGUGGUUUCGGAGUUAUCAGUGCAAUGCCGAAAAGUUCAAGUGAAGAGAAAGGAAACACACUUCCUUCUCCAGAGGUAAUACCCGGAGCUCCAUCGCUUCUUCAGCAUUUAGAUAAAAAGCUUUACGUCUGGUUGCGAGAUGGGCGUAUGUUCGUGGGUAGGCUGAGAAGUGUCGAUCAGUUUGCUAACUUAGUAUUGUAUGAAGCAUAUGAACGUAUCCAUAAUGGCAAAGAAUUUGGUGAUCUCCCCCAAGGAGUAUUAAUGAUAAGGGGAGAAAAUGUGGCUUUGUUAGGUGAAAUGAAAGAUGGAGAAGGCUGGAAGUAUGGUGCUAAUGAACUUUUAGCUAAACAAGAAGUCAGAGAAAACGCCCAGAAGAAAAUUAAUAAGAUGAAAACACUCGCUUAUUGGAAAAGAGGACUUGUUUUUUCGUACGAGGAUUAUUUCUAAAGUGUCAAUAAAAUUGUAAAAUCUAGCGUCCAUUAAUGCACACUUUUAUAUUAAAGCUUCCUACUUAUUAACACUAUAACAACCGAUAAUGCAUUGAUAGCUAUUGUUAUUUAAUCUAUCAAUUGAAUGGGUGUUCACGGAAUCACUUUACUUAACAUUUUAGAAAAUAUAGUAAAAAUAACAUUAGAAUGCAAAAUUUGGAUUUUGAAAAUUUUUUAUACAU